GGGAUCGAUGAAAUCAAACAAUAUGGCUGCGUCCAUGGAUGUAAACCUUCAAAUGGAUCAGUACCAUGCCCAUCACCCACAUGUCUCUGGUGGUUCACUGUCUUCCCAUCCUAGUUCGGGGCAUCUGCAACACGAGGGUGCUAAUACCCGCCUCCCGAAUCAGUUUGGCAUCCAGUCACAAGGCCAUCAUUUUGGUCAUGUCCAUGACUCGUAUGUCAAUUCGACCCCGUCUGUCCAGCAGAUUUUGAUGCAACAGCAAGUCCAACAUCAGCGGUCAGCUCAUUUCGCUCCUCAAGUAUAUGACAGCAAUGAGCGGUUAACAAAACCACACCCCAAUCACAAUACAAGUCCUCUGAACCAGGUAAAUCAAAUGCGCAUUCAAAUACCUGCUCACCAACAAAUUCCCCAUCCUUUGCAACCCAAUAAUCCCACUGUCACUUCAAAUCCCCGAUAUUCUCCUAUAGAUCAUCAUGGAUCGCAUCAUUCCCCACCAAUCUCGAAAGAUAGUUACAACACUGCCUAUCAUUUGCAAGACCAAUCACAUGUCCUUACUCAUACAUCUCAUUUACAGCAACCUGUAUAUCCUUAUCAUGGAGAUUCAUCCCAAAUGCAAAAUCCACAGACGACCGCCCACACAACAACUGAAUUAUCCAAUUCUCAGUAUACGGGACAUCACUUAUCCAUGCAAUUAAAUAACAGUGCUUCCGGAGAUAACGAUAUUCACCAUUCUGGUAACCAACAUCCUCAUGUUUCUACUGGUUUCCAAGCCCCUCCAGCUCCCUAUGUACCUCCAGCUAAAAAGCGGCGGGGAAGACCCCCAACUCAUCCAACUUUUGAUGUCGGUGCUGGAACCUUACUUGACGAAGACGAGCAUACCCUCUAUGGAGCUAUACGGUCGGGAAGAGUAGCUCCACAAACAGUUGUUGAUGAUUGGAUUGAACAAUAUAAAACAAAUCGUGAACCAGCUAUGUUGGAAUUGAUCCAAUUCUUUAUUUCAUGCAGUGGUUGCAAAGGAAAAGUAACACCGGAAAUGUAUAGCCGCCUGUCACAUGCCGAUAUUAUUCGUCGAAUGACUGAAGAGUUUGAUGAAGACUCGGGUGAAUAUCCACUUAUACAAUCAAGCCCAGUUUGGAAACGCUUUCGUUCAAAUUUUGUUGAAUUCAUCCAAGUAUUAAUUCGUCAAUGUCAAUAUAGUAUAAUUUACGAUCAAUGCAUGAUUGAUCAAGUGAUCUCUUUAUUGACAGGCCUUACUGACUCACAGGUUCGGGCGUUUAGACAUACCAGUACAUUGGCUGCUAUGAAAAUGAUGACUGCUCUUGUUGAUGUUGCGCUCAAUGUUAGUAUCAAUAGAGAUAACACACAACGUCAGUAUGAAGCUGAAAGAUCAAAAGUUCAGAACCGACGUGCUUCUGACAGACUUGAAGUGCUAAUGCAACGUCGACAAGAAUUAGAAGAGAAUAUGGAGGAAGUCAAAAAUAUGCUUGUAUACAUUUUCAAAGGUGUUUUCGUUCAUCGAUACAGGGAUAGCCAGGCAGAAAUACGAACAAUAUGCAUGCAAGAAAUCGGUGUCUGGAUGCGUCGUUAUCCAGCUAUGUUUUUAGACGACAGUUACUUAAAGUAUGUUGGUUGGACACUUUAUGAUAGAAUUGGAGAUGUUCGUCUUCAGUGUCUUCGCGCCUUACAGCCCUUGUAUGAAGAUCCUGCUCUCAUCAAUAGUCUGGAGCUUUUCACUUCUCGUUUUAAAUCACGUCUUGUGGAUAUGACACUUGAUAAAGAGACUGAAGUGGCAGUUCAAGCUGUAAAACUAGUCUCCUGUAUAUUGAAGCAUAGUGACUCAGUACUUGAAGACAAGGAUUGUGAAAAUAUAUAUGAGUUGGUUUAUUGCACUCACAGGCCUUUGGCACAAGCAGCUGGUGAAUUUUUAACUUUAAAACUUUUUGAAGUUGAUUCCCAUGCUCCUCCCACUAGAACCAGAAAAGGUAAAAAACGUAGCGAAAAUACACCACUCAUUCGUGACCUCGUGCAAUUUUUCAUCGAGAGUGAAUUACAUGAACAUGCUACUUAUUUGGUCGAUAGUUUAUGGGAUUUAUGUCCAAUGCUUCGUGAUUGGGAAGCUAUGCUAGAUUUGCUUCUUGAAGAACCAGGUAGAGGUGAGGAACCUAUGGAUGCAAAUCAAGAAACAAGUUUGAUCGAAAUUAUGGUUUGUUGUGUUCGUCAAGCAGCAACGGGGGAAUCACCAGUAGGACGACAGACUGGUGGCCAUCAUUCACAUUCCAAUACCAACUUACUGACUGGCAUGAGUUUACUGGAGACUGGUGGACGCGGUCGAGGUGGUGCAACUACCGGUACAGGGAACAGCGCUGCACCCUCUUCACGUGAAGCUCGUGCCCUGGCCGAAGAACGUAGUCGUAUGACAGAAGCAAUGAUAACUGCUAUACCAGCACUCCUUGCUAAGUAUGGUGAAUCUCCUGAACGAGCUACAAACCUUCUUGCUAUUCCACGACACAUGGAAAUGGAACUCUACACUACGGGCCGACAUGAAAGACAUUUGGAUCUUCUUCUACAAGCUGUUCAGGAUAUUGUAGAACGUCAUACUGAUCCACACACAUUAUUGGCUUGUUCGCGCGUUUACGAAUCGUUGUGUAUUGAUGAAUUAAGCAUUUCUGCAAAGUGUCAAACUGUCCGUGGCACGCUGUUGGAUCGUUUGGUGGAUCUUUAUCGGGAUGCAUUCUUAAACUACUUUAACGAUCAGGGAGAGGAACCCGAUCAGGAUGAUGAGUUUCACUUACUAGCUGCAUUGAAACGAAUCUAUGCGUUUUACGCUUGUCACGAUCUUUCUGGAUUGGAUUUAUGGGAUAGUCUUAUCAGGAUCGCACAAUCCGGAAAUGAUGCCAACGGUGAAAUUGUGGCUCAGGCUGUUAGCUGUUGCUCUAAAGCUCUACUGUGGAAUCUUGCUAGAAUAGGAGAGGCUGAUGUCGACAAAACGGAUUUGAACAAACUAAGAAGACAGUUAAAUCUGUAUAUGGACGUAUGUAUUGGCUACCUAGAUCAUUCAUGCAAACGGUUAGCAUCAGAAUCGUUUCUGUCCAUUUGUGAUUUGCUAGUUGUUUUUUCACGUCAUCUUUCCGUUCACUUGCCAAAUCUGAAAUCUAUCAUUUAUACAGCCGACAGGGAUCUAGAACUCAAGUUGACCAAUUUUCUGGAGCAACGGGUUUUCGUUGAUGAUGACGACGAAGAGGAUGAUGAAAAUGUCAAAUUUGAAUCGCUUCACGAAAGGCGUACACAGCUAGCUGCAUUUUUUAAACUAGUAAUAUAUAAUUUGAUUCCUAUACGAGCAGCUGCUCCGAUCUACAAAUAUUACAUUCGGUCUUUCAAUGAUUUUGGUGAUAUUAUGAAAUCUACACUGGCCAAAGCUCGUGAAAUCAACCGCGUGCACACCGCUCGUAUGAUUGCGCAUUGUUUAGAAUUAUGUUAUCUACAAGUAGAAUCAGCUUCUAAUAAUUGUGUUGAACGUGGUUCUGAAGGUCUUCAAGCUGUAAAGGAACUUGCUAGGCGUCUGAAUCUCAGUUUCGGUCUCGACCUAAUUAAAAUACGAGAAUCUAUGGUUGCCUUUCACUCCGAAGGGAUACAGUUUUGUGUUUCCCGAGCUGCUUCCACAGCUGCUGCAACAGGUCAAACCCCUGGUGUCCCAAGCAAUUUACUUUUCCUUGAAGUUGUCGCUGAAUUCUCAAACAAACUUCUCAGACAAGAUAAGAAAAGCAUAUAUGAAUAUCUCCGUCGAAUUUUCCCAAAUCCUGUUGGCAAUGAAUGGGCCAGUCUGCAUGCCUAUCGAUCAAGUCUGGAUCCUGACAACACUGAUAAUGCUCCAGGACAUGAUGGAGUUGGUCAUGCUACAAAUCCUCAAGCUGUCAGCAGUUCCAAUCCUGCUCCAGUACAAGGUAACACGGUGGUACCAACAAGUGGACGUGUAGGAUAUGGGGGUAGGGGGCGCGGCAAACGACUCCGAGAUUCUGACUCCUCUCUUCCCGACGCAAAUUUAAAUCCACAGUCCACAAGUACAGCUAUCAAAAAGAAGCGCACCAAUAUCGCGAGUAGUAGCAAAAAUGCAUCUGGAAAUGUUUCUAGUAUGACUGCAGUUGACCCUUCCCGACCUACAUCACCUUCAGAAAUACCCCCCAACAGUGCAGGAUGUGCACCUCAGUAAGUUGACUGUUUAUAUUAUGUUGAGAGACUUUUUUGUAUGUAGUACAGUAAUUUCUUUAACUGAUCAUCUUCCAAAUCAGUCUUAAUAAAUCACCCAAAUGUUUUUAAUUCUUGCAGCCAUAAUCCUUCGACAUCGAUGACAACUUUAGCUACUCCCGUUCAUCCGUCUAACCAAUAAAUCCAUCCCUAUAAAUUAUUCAGAAGAAAUGAAUUUUAUGGCCGACGCGUCUGUGUGUUUCAUCGCUUCGAAAUUAUGCAAUUAUCUAGAAGUGUUUCGUUCAGCGAACAUCUUCAGAUGUUUAUAUCUGUAAAUAUAGACAACUGAUGCUUUAUAUAAUUAUCUUCACACAGAUUAAUCCCAACUGGCUGUACUAUUCAAAUCCCUUUCCAGAAAAUGUACAUUCUUUUUAGGUUAUCGACUUGAUUAUCACAAUUGUUCACGAACUUAGUUUUUUUCUAUUUGUCUCUCCUUUCUAUACUAAAGCAAGUUGUUUUUGUAUCAUGCGUUUUUUUUAAAAGCCCUCAUUUUUACUUGAUAUCUAAUUCUCCCCGAAGUUAUUGUAUUUUCAAAUUUUGUUUGUAUACAGUGAUCAGCCAUUAUCAGACUGGAAGAAUGCUGUGUAGCUCAUUUAAACAAUGUUGUUCAAAAUUGUGCAGAGCAGAACUAUUUUUACACAGAGAACUUGCUAAUAUUAUUAUGUAAAUUGCCUUUUUGUAAAACUAAUCACCUUUAUUAAAUAGUACCGCACUAUUUAGUUUUUUUUCAACUAUUUGUCCUCUUUCUUUUUCCGUAUUAAUUUUUUUUUCAUGCUAACAACUUUUCAAUUAAAUUUUCCCAACAAUAUUUACUCAAGUUCAAUUAAAAACAUAAAACACUUGUUUGUACACCAUUAUGAUGCGUUUGACAUUUGAUUUCAAUAAUUGUGUUACCUGAUUAUUUGUUUUCAUUCAGAUUUCCUAUAAAAUCCACUUGUACAAUAUUCAUUUUGUUCAUAUUAUUAUUAUUCUUUAUUGAGAUUUAGGUAGCUUCAAAAUUUUUUUUCCAGUUUUGUUAAACUAUACGUCUAUCUGGUAACAAAAACUUUGUACAGAACUUCUUAUUUGCAAGACGUUCAUUAUUAAUUUAUUUGAUUGUUUUCUAUCAUUACUAAGUGCCUCCUAAUUUAUUGUUUUACUGUUCCAGUACUCUUAAUCGUUUUCCUAAAAACUCACCGUCAUCAAAGUUCAGUGUGCUAAAGACUGCCUUAGUUGUUUCUUGUGUUCAACUGGAUGAGUUUGUUUCUUCACUCUGUAGCAGUAACGUUGCAUUUGUUGCGUAUUACUUUUGACACUACAGUCUACUCAGUGAUUAAAGUAACUGUAAAUUGCAUAAGCCAGAUUCGCAAAUACUUAAAUAUUGUGAGAUAUACGCUACAGAGUUUUAGUUCUUUUGGUGACCAAAAGAUCAUUCUUGAUGCUGAUUAUUAUGACAACUUGAGCCAAUGUAGUGAAUUCAAUAAAUUAUCUCCAAUGUAUCAGCCUAAUUGCUAAAUAUAUGUUAACAUAAUAAAUCUAGUAAUCCAUACUAAGUCUGAACAGUUAGGAUG